CUGCACUCCAGUGGACACAGCACACAGAGCACCACCCUUCCCUGCUCCUGCCUUAGGAUCUCACCGAGACGCUGAAGUCGGAGCUGAGCAGCAAUUUCGAGAGGCUCAUCAUAGCCCUCAUGUACCCUCCAUACAGAUAUGAAGCCAAGGAGCUGUACGACGCCAUGAAGGGCUUAGGAACCAGAGAGGGCGUCAUCAUCGAAAUCCUGGCUUCUCGGACCAAGAACCAGCUGCAGGAGAUAAUGAAGGCGUAUGAGGAGGACUAUGGGUCCAGCCUGGAGGAAGACAUCCAAGCAGACACCAGCGGCUACCUGGAGAGGAUCCUGGUGUGCCUCCUGCAGGGCAGCAGAGAUGACUUGGGUGGCUUCGUGGACCCAGCACUGGCCCUGCAAGAUGCACAGGAUCUAUACACAGCGGGUGAGAAGAUUUGUGGGACUGAUGAGAUGAAAUUCAUCACCAUCCUGUGCACACGCAGUGCCACACACCUGAUGAGAGUGUUUGAGGAAUAUGAGAAAAUCGCCAGCAAGAGCAUUGAGGACAGCAUCAAGAGUGAGACCCACGGCUCACUGGAGGAGGCCAUGCUCACAGUGGUGAAAUGCACCCGGAACCUCCACAGCUACUUUGCAGAGCGCCUUUACUAUGCCAUGAAGGGAGCAGGAACUCACGAUGGGACCCUGAUAAGAAACAUAGUUUCGAGGAGUGAGAUUGACUUAAAUCUCAUCAAGUGUCAGUUCAAGGAGAUGUACGGCAAGACCCUCAGCAGCAUGAUCAUGGAAGACACAAGCAGCGACUACAAGAAUGCCCUGCUGAACCUGGUGGGCAGUGACCCCUGAAGGCUCAGAAGGACAAGAGCAAAGGCCAAGAAGGUGGAGCCAUUGGGUCCUGCUUGCUCAACCUUGGCCAUGGAUGGGGAUGGGGGUGGGGGGAGCCACAGCACAGCUUUCAGUCCUCUAUCUCCCAGCUUCCAGUGCUUUCCAGCCAGUUUCUCUGACCCAGAAGUAAGGAUCAGCCUGGGGCUCCUACUUCCACUGUCUUCCCAAGUCAUUUUCAGGUGUGAGCAUAUUGCCAACCUUAGCAUAUAUCUGAUCUGACAAAUACCUCAGCAUGAAGGGGUCUACAGGGGCUCGUGAUGAUUUCUUUCUCCCAACACAGGAGCUUCCCAAGCCUGACUGGUCACAGAGUCCCCUAGGCUCUCAGCCCACUCCCAUCUACUAAUCUGAGAUCUGCAGAGAAUAGACCAGACAAUAUGGAAUUUUAGUAAGUGUCUCAGCUGAUAUGCUUCUCUUUCAGGCAACCAGAGAAAGGCCAUGAGAGCCUGUUUGUUUUGGAGCACAUGCUUGUGGGCAGCUGAGAAAGGAACACAUAUAUCCAGGCCAAGUGGGCUAUCACCAACAUUCAUUCACCAGCUUCAUUUUAAAAUACUAGGCUAUAAGUAGAAGAAAAAUUCUCUCAUCAUCCUACCAACAGAGAAAGCUGAAAAUUAAUGGCCUGACACAAGGACACUGUGUUCUAAGAGGCUUGGGCUUCUCUAGUCCUUGAUCAAAUUAGCUGCUCCUUCCUCCCAUGACGCAAGCCUGGAGAAUCUCUAA